CAGUUACAGCGCUAGGGAAAUGACAUGGGCGGGUAAUUCUGAUAAACUAAUUGUUUACUCCACAUGUGCUCUGCUUCAUCUAAACAUACGGUUCCAGAAGCAUAUCUUUUGAAUUAUUUAUAUAUGUACAAUAUGUGAAUUUGAACAAAGUCACUUCGUUUAAAUUCACUAAUACUAAAAUUUAUGUAAUAUAUUUAUUUGUUCCUAUUGGAGUCUAAAGGGGACGCAAAUCAACAAACCUAUUUGGUAACCGAUAUUUCUUUGUAAAGGAACUUUGGAAAUUUAAUUCAUCGUAUAUUUUUGUUUACAUUAUGGAAAGUGUGGGAAAAUCACCUGUGAAACUCAAUCAAUGUUACUGUGGAGGCGAUGCCAAUCAAAACGAAGAAAUGUUAACCUGCACCAAGUGUAGUCUUCUUUUCCACCCGGCCUGUCUGCAGAACGGUCGGCCUUCUGAACUAUUGGGGGAUAUCUUCUUUGAAUUCACUUGUUCGAAUUGUUCUCCGGACAACCAAGAAUUGUGUCAGAGAGUGAAACUACAGUGGAUUCAUGUAGUUUCGCUGGCCUUGUAUAAUUUGCAGUUUUCAGGUACAGGUAAGAUGGGUUAUUAUCGCUGGAAAGAUCACAUCUGUGCUUUUAUUGACAAACACUGGAAAUUUCUAUUUGGGAACCGAAAAAAGACGAAUCUAUGGCAUGGUACUGUCGCCGGUAUUCUGUCAACAGGCUGCCCGAAUUAUUUCAUUUCGGGGUCAAAAGAGAUAGGUGAAUCUGGCUGGUGGAAAUUAGCCGAAGGUAAAAUGUCGUUUAUGAAUUUAGAAUCCUCAUGGAAAAAUUUCCGCAAACGCUCUAAGACUCCUCCUGUGGACGUCAAUCUACUCCCAUCUGGCUUACGUGGUCGUCAAAAGAAAUCGUCUCUUGAAGUUGCAAUAGAACGUAAAGAAAAAGGUGUUACAUUCACUAAACGUAAAAUAACAAAUGCCGAAAAUCCAACAAAAGUGUCAUUGCCCGUUAUUAGAAGUAGUUCGAAUUUAAAUGAUGUCGCUACAACUACUUUUAGUGGACCCAGUUAUAAUGAUCUCUUAACGUCUAAUAUUCAAACCAAAUUAGAUUCUUUAUUGAAACCCAUUGAAAUUAAAUCAGAAUCUUCCUCUUAUUCUCACUGCACAUUUGAUUUUAAAGCUUAUGGUGAACUUGGUAAUUUUAUGGAACAAGAUGAGGAGGAACCUCCAACUGAAAAUACAAAAUCAGAAUCCCUAGAACCUCAGAUAAGUAUGCCAUUUCCUCCCUUUUUAAAAGAUGAGUCUGAUAGUGAUAUGGAAAUUGAUAUUGGAACCUUUUCUCCUAUACCUGCUUGUUCACCUAGUCCUACUUCUCCUCGACUUUCACCUUCCUUACAAGAGAUGUUUGCUGUUCUUGAUGAUAAGUCCAAUGGACCACUUUUUACUAGAACAUCUGAUUCCUCUGUUGAACUUUCUAUUCCUUCACUGAGUGUGAGAGAUGGGAAGACCACUUCCACUAAUGAACUUGCAAGCAUUAAUAUUAAUAAUAAUAGCAACAACAAAUAUUUUAACUUUGACUUUAAGAUUACUAAUCCUCCAUUGGGUAAAGUUCCCAAAAGAGAAUUAAUAAAUGAACAAAUAAAUACCCAGAAUGAAAUUGUUCCAAAAUUGGAGCCACAUGAGGAAAUUAAGGAAUUGGAAGAAAGUGCUAAUGAUUCAGUCAAAAGAGAAGUUAAUGAAGAUCAAGAAGAAAAAUCAAAUGAAACAGAAGAAUCAGAAAAAGAGGGUGAAGAAGAGGAGGUUAAAGAAAUGACUCCAGAGCCAAAAACAGUUAAGUUUGUUCCUAUUAGUUUAUAUCAUGAGAAAAAACUUCUUAGUCAACUUAACCAUAUUGCUGACAAGUCAACUCUUCCUGUCGACCUUCAUAGAUUCCGUCGUAAAUUACAUGUGCGGCAAAUCAAAAGAGAACAAGGUAUGCCUCUGUUUGACUUAGAUGCUGAGGUUAAUUAUCAUUUGGGAUUAUUGAAUUCCUCCUCAAUAGACAAAGACUAUAAUCAGAUUCAUGGUGUUCCCUCAUCAUACUGCCAUCCUGCUGAUGUGAGAGUACUCAGUAGAUUCUUAACCCACCCUGAAAUUUAUCCACCAAAAUCAAACAAGAAACAACCUUUAUUUAUCAACAGACUGAUUGGUACUGAAGAUGAUCAGCUGCAGUGUAUUUGCAGCCCAUACACUACACGCUGGCUGAAACCUUUCAUCAUGAGGGACUAUGAAACUAAACCCAUGAAAAUGCGUCUCUUGGAGGAAAUCCAAGCUUAUCCACAUAGAGAUGAUCCCUUAUGGAAACCUCCACCUACUUAUCCAAUAGAUUAUUGUUAUGUCCGUCCUCAACACAUUCCAUCUGUGAAUUCACUUUGUCAACAGUUUUUCUGGCCAGGAAUCGACCUAUCAGAAUGCCUACAAUACCCGGAUUUCAGCUGUGUUGUUUUAUACCGAAAGAUUGUCAUUGGAUUUGCCUUCAUGGUACCUGAUGUAAAAUAUAAUGAAGCAUAUAUUUCUUUUCUGUUUACUCACCCUGAAUGGUGCCGUUCAGGUAUUGCUUCAUUCUUACUUUACCAUCUUAUACAGACAUGUAUGGGUAAAGAUGUCACACUUCAUGUUUCAGCCAACAAUCCAGCCAUGUUACUCUAUCAAAAGUUUGGUUUCAAACCAGAACAGUUUAUAUUGGACUUCUACGACAAAUAUUACCCUGCAGACUCUAGAGAAUGUAAGCAUGCUUUUUUCCUAAGACUUCGGAGAUGAAAAUAGAUUUACUGCACUUAAUUUUGUGGUAUCUGUUUAUAUCCUAUUUUCUCUUUAGAGUAAGCUUCUACAUCCAUAAUAAAAGGUAAAAGAUUUCAGCAAGUAGUCUAUUGGUUGAGCCCACAGACUCAGUUCAUAAUAUUGUUUCAAUUUCUUAUUGUAAACAUUCCACUUCAUGUCACUGAUACCCUUAAGAAAAACAUAAAAGUUUCAGUUUAAUUCCUCUUUUUUAUAAAUUUGAGGAUUUUUAUCUAAGAAAUCCAUAUGUAGCACAAUAACUCAGUGUUUUCCAAACUGUGUUUUGUGACACAGUGUGUCACUAGCAAGGUGUAGAUGUGUUGCAGACGUACAGGAAACCAAUAUAUAAAAUACCCAAUACCAA